AUGGAAACAAUUCGAAUGGGUAUUCCACGUGCAGCAUCUGGCAUCAUUCCAGAGUAUGCUCUUUGCGGUAUUGAGGCGCGAGGAGUCAUGGAGUGGUGGAAGCCGUUCCGGCAGGCGUUCCCCGGAGUGCGCUCACUCCCCAACAAGAAAGAGAAGCAACCGAGGAAGAAAUACACACCGGAAGAUGUAAUUUUUCGCGAAGAUUUCCUUGCAAGAGAAUUUGACAUGGCAAUAAGCACGGAGCACACCGCAGCACUGAAGAAGUCGUCAGACGCCAAAGCCAUGCCAACGGCCCAACAGACAGUCUCGGGCCCUGGAGACGUUGCCGAAACGGCUGAGGGGAUCGUCCUAGCAGCCCAGCAUAUCACCCAAACAAGCAAGCUCUCAAUUGAGUCGCAGUGUAUCACGCACAACUUCGAUGAUGAUGACAACAGCCAGGUGAUCAUGAUUCUUGCGACGCAGCCAGCACUAGAAAAUCCCACAUCAGGCACCGUUCCCGCAGACUCAUACAUGGCAACUACCAACGCAGCUGCCAACACCAUCAAUAAAGCAGCAGCCGCUGGGACCACGACCACCUCGACUGGCGACUCCGUGGAUCCGCAGGUCCUCAGCAUCUUAGUGAUGCUCAGCAAAGAGAUGCUUAACAAUAUUGUGAAGAAGACCAGGAGCAAACAGGUGUUGAAGGCACAGGGAGGGAAUGGGAAUGAAGCUGACGGCGAGGGCCACAAGGCUGAUGACGAACAUGGAUGGACACACCUGAGCAACGAAUGUGUUCACGAUGAUGAGUUGUCCACAUGGCGUUCGAAGAGAUCUGUCCUUUUGGUGAUUCUCAGCCGUAGAAGACGAGGAGGUGUGCUCGGCACGUAUGAGAUAUUGCGGCUGGUUCUCGGGUCAUGCUGGGAACAGACAGCGACGGCUCGGGUCCACUUAUACCUCGUACUCGGUACCGAGCACUCGGUACGCUUGACGGAUGCACCUGGGCCACUUCCCCGAGAGGUAGCGGCAUGGUCGCGGCUGAUCGACCUGUCAGGCCGGGGGAUCUGCCGUUGA